AGCAGGAAGCUGAUGUUGCCGGGCGACGCCAACUCCCGGUUAGGCCCUGGCGCUGCAAAAGCCUGGGACUUGGAGGGUAACUUGAUGCGGCCGAUGUCUACACCAUGUGCGAGGGACCCUCCAAGAUCUCGGGCCCGAUACCCCCCGACCCCACGCUGUUCCCCAACUACUACAAGCGCCCCGGCACAGCCCGGAGCCUUGAAGGAAGUGCCCUGAAGCUCGGCCUGGAGCCUCCCUGGCAAGGUGCCCCUUUGGACCAGCCUGCUCCUCGAAUUUGCCCUGCAUCUCGGCAAGGUCUGGUGGGCGUUCUGCUGCAGCUCCAGGAGGUCUCACUGGGGAGGGAGCCCUUGCCCAAGAGGAAAGACCUGAAAGACCACGAGAAGGAGAAUGUGAGGCGGAUCCGGGAGAUCCAGAAGCGGUGCCAGGAACAGGAGAGGGGACAAGACUACAGCCGGCCGCAGCCUCUCAAAGCCCUGUGGCGAUCGCCCAAGUAUGACAAAGUAGAAUCCCGGCUGAAAGUCAAGUUGCAGGAGCCAUCUACCACCUCCAGACCAGAAUUGCCGGCAUUCCUGCGGGCAUAUUCCCGCUGCGGACCUGGGGUGCAACCUCGUCGUGUGGCUUCUGCAGGCCUGGCUUUGCCCAGGACUGAUGGGUCCCAGCCACCAGGCACUGAUGGCAAGGGGCAGGCUCCGGCUGUGGACUUCAUCACCCACAAUGCCCGUAUGGCCAAAGUGGCUCCUCGGCGGUGCUCACGCUCUGUCCAGUGUCUGGCUGAGGUACAGGAACAGCAGCGGCGGGCCCAGGAGGAGUACAAUGCCAGGCAGAAGGGCCAGGUGCCUCACUACCUGGUGGAACGUAAAGAUCUGUGGCGCCGGGAAGCUGAGGAGCGCAAGCGGAACCAGCCUGACCCUGAAAUACCCCCAGGUCAUACUAUGAUGCCUGAGAGCCAGCGCCUGGAUACCUUGAACUCCCUUCUCCAGAGCCAACAAGAACUGCUCCAAGAGUUGGUGCUGCUGCCUUCCGGAGCAGACUCCCUUCGAGCCCAGAACCACAAGGCUGAGCUAGAGAAGAAGCUUUCCCAGGUAGAGGAGGCCCUCAAGAUCUUCUCCCGAUCCAAAGUCUUUAUCAAGAUGGAUUCCUGAGCACUUCCCCUCUGGCCCAUAGGAAGGCCACUGGAGACCCCUCUGCUCCUGGGGGGAGCAGUGCCUCGAGGCUCCCGGGGCUGGAGUGUCUGGCUCCUGGAAGGGAAGGUACUGGCACUUGUGACCCUGGCCCACGGUAUAAUGGUAAUCCCCUGAGGCCCCCCAUAGGAACAGCAGAAGGAAAAGGCCCAGGGAGCUGCUGUUAAGAGUAUUUUUCUGUUUUUAAAUUAAAUCUUUUUUUACAUGA